AUGUUUACUACAGUAUCAGUUUCUGUCUAAGAAUUUAGAGGAAUUCGAACUGCAUCAGGCACUGGAACAUCAAGUUAUAGAGAUUUCUAAAGAUUGCCAGCAACAAAAACAAAUUAUAAAAGGUAAUAUUUGAAAGGGGCAUCUAAUCGUGUAAAAUCAUUAAAAGAGGAAUCUCACUUUGUUUAAUUAUGUAGUGAUAGAAAAGGCAAUGAGAAAUUAUUUAAAUUUAAUAGAUAAGAUUAACUACUAAACUAUAGAAAUCUUCAUCUAAAUAAAUUAUAGCCUCUAUAAAAUUAAGAACAAAAUCUCGAAAAUUAAUAACAUUAAGAAUAGUAAAAUAAAUCAUAGAUUAAUUCUCCAAAUAAUAAUAUAAGAAAUUCUGCCAUCCAAUUAAUUACUGAUUAAAAGAAUUAACUUAUCGAAUUAAUUUAUAACACAUAAUCAGUGAUAUAAAAAUAGAAGAAAUCAUAUUCUAAUUAAUAAAAAACUGAGGGUUUAUAAAAUGUUAAAACACCUACUUAAGUUACAGUUUCAUCACCUUUGAAAAAUUAACCUUAAAUUAUAGGUUAAAUAAUCAUUUCAAGUAGAAAUAAAGGUGAUCUUUUUGUAAAAAGUACUUAACUAACAUCUUAUGGUUCGCUUAAAAUAACUACAUAAGAAGAAAAAUAAAGUAUACCUCCAAAACCAAAGAUACCAACUUCUAUGGAUGGUGCUAAGAAAUUCUUAAAAUAAUUUAUUUGA